GCUCAUGCAGCACUGGACAACGGCGACAUCUAUCAACUGCCAAAGAAGAUCCCUUUUGAGAAAAGCAUAUUCGAAACUGCUGGGGGCAUCUACUCGAGCGUCAACGACCUUCUUGCAUGGGCGAAGGCGAUUCUUGCUGCUGAACAGAGGUCAUACUCCGGUCCUCUUGAGGAAGUCCCAACAAUCUUGAGCAACCAAGUGCCUCUGGAUAAUCCGUCCAGAGAUCAUCGCUUCUACGGGUUCGGAUGGGUUCGGACGGCACUUCCAAACGUUGUGGGCCUUCAGGGAGACAACGCAGAACUGUUCAAGAGGGACCAGCUUCCAGUACUCGGAUCAAAAUCUCAACCAAUGAUGACCACCACCAAGGCGCCGGGCUUGGGUACUAUUCCGCAAUGUUCAUGUUUCCUGAAUCCAAUUCCGCUGUGGUGGUUCUGACGAAUUCGAUGCCACUCAACGACGUUGCGGACUGGAUCGCUCAAAUAUACAUCACCGCGCUAUUCCAAUUUGAAGAUGGAGGGAAAACGUACCUUGACCUGGCAAAGAAGUACGUUGAAUUAGCGAAGGAAAAUCGGGAUCAGAAACUCAGGCUUGUGAAAACAAUGAGAACGGGCAUUGACAGCGAGCGCAACACGAACUACUUUCAUCCGCGACAAUUGGACUUAUACACCGGGAGAUAUUACAACUCGAAGGGUAGCUGGCCAGGGAAUUUUUUCAUCGACAUCCGUUGUCCGAAGGAUCAGGGGGAAAAGGACGAUUGUUUGGAGCUCAGGUUCCAAGGACGGGAAUCACAACUCUAUAAGCUCCGUCACCUCAAGGAUGACAUCUUUGAGUGGGCACUAGACUACAACCAGCAAGCACGGCGAGCACGAUUCACGGUAUGGGACCCGGAGUAUUUCAAGAUCCAGUUCAGCUUCAACCCAAAGCGGUCUCAUGAGGCUGUUACAUCUCCCACGAAACCUUCCAAAGCUCUCAAAUGGAGUCAUACCGUCCCUCCAAGCAACACUUCGCAGGGUUGUCAAGAAGAGCUGGCGCUUGUUCUCGAGAGGUUCACGGAAGUUCCCGAGAUAUUUACCCGAAAAGGCACACUUCUCUCGUUCAGGGGCGGUGACAUGCUAGUCGGCUGGGAGGUAUACAUGCACUACAAGCAAUGGAAUCUCAGUGUAUUCCGCCACGAAAGACACUCUACGCCUUUUCGCAAGGCUUCCCAAGCGUAACUUGAUGUUAAAAACCUGC